AGUAAAUAAUAAUAAUUCUUAAAAUUAAAAUUAACUGUUGGUCGGUAAUUCCCACUAUCCAUUGAAUUAGACCGUCUUUCCAGUUAAUAUUAAACUUUGUCAUUGGUCAAUUAUUGUCAUGGGUUUUUCGAUUAUUCGACAUUUUGACGCUGUCUUGCAGCUGAUAACAGUUUCGCGGUCAAUCGUUAUUUCAUUUUCAUCGUCGAUGAAUCAUCGACUCAAUUUGCCUACUGUAGCUGUCUUAUUAGUUAUUGAAGUAAAAAGCACUAAGUUUGAAAUUAUAGAAGCUAUGUCUGACGUCGAGGAUACUCCACAGGGCCCUUCCACUCCAAAAAAAAAGAGGGCAAUGAGAAAUGAACUCAGUAACGAUGAGAAACCCAAGCAUAGAAAGCAAAAAUACCGUUGUGAGUGGGAGAGUGAUAAGUUGUUCAAAGGUUGGCUUAAACCUGAGAAAAAUAAUUCAUUCAAAGCCAAAUGCAUCAAAUGUCAAGUAAGUUUUAUAUCAGAAUUAAGUUCUAUAAAGAAACAUGCUACAAGUAAAGGUCACGAAAACGCGGUAAAAGCCACAAAAGGUUCUCAAAAUAUUGUUUCUACAUUUAUAUCAAAUGCGCAGGAUCCAAUUGCUGAUAAAGUAAAAACUGCAGAAAUAAAACUAUGUGGUUUAUUAGCUGAGCAUAAUUGUGCUUUUUUACUUGUCGACCACUUAAUUCCAUUAUUAAAGGAAAUAUUUCCAGACUCGGCCAUAUGUCAAAAAAUGAAACUAAAACGUACAAAAGCGACUAAUAUUAUAAAAAAUGUAAUAGCCCCUGCAGAAAAACAAAUAUUAUGUGAUAAAUUAAAUAUUUCUAAAUUUUCAAUAAUGGUAGAUGAGUCUACGGAUAUAGCUUGCCAAUCAACUAUGUGUGUUGUAGUACGAUUUUAUGAUCAUGAAAGUAAAAUAGUUGUCUCACGUUUCUGGGAAUUAUUACAAGUAUUUGAUAUAAAGAAUUUGGAUACUGUAGACUAAGGUGCGACUGCUGAAAAUCUUUUUAACAUUUGCAUUGAAUCGUUCAAAAAAUAUAAUAUAAAUCUAGAUAACCUGGUUGGUUUUGGAUCGGAUGGCUGUUCUACCAUGAUGGGUAGUCAAAACUCUAUGUCAAGUAGAAUGCAGUCAUAUUUUCCUGGAAUUUUUAUUAUAAAGUGCAUCUGUCAUUCAAUUCAUCUAUGCUGCAGCGAAGCAUGUAAGAGCCUACCUAGAAGGUGUGAAGACUUGGCCCGUAAUAUUUACAACUUUUUUAGCCAUAGCUCUAAGCGCCAAAGUCAGUUUGUGCAAUUUCAACAAUUUUUAAACUUAAAUGUUCACAAAAUACUGCAUCCGUCCCAAACAAGAUGGCUAUCACUUUCAUCUGUUGUGCAAAGAAUUGUUGAACAGUGGGAUGCAUUAAAAUUAUAUUUCACUGAUAAAUGGCUCUCUGAAAAAUUAAUUUCUGCAGAAAAUAUUUAUUUACAAU